AGGGACGUGGAGUUUGAUUUAGUUUGUUCUCAAAGUGGUGGUGUCCUUUUCUGUGUAUAUAUACAUGUGAAGAAUUCUUGUGGAACAACACAACCAAAAUGUCCCUAGUGUGUGAAAGUGAAACUCCAGAAGAUCAGUUGGUCGAAAUCCUGUCCUGGUUGCGGCCCAAGUCUCUAAUGAGAUUCAAAUGUAUACGCAAGUCUUGGUGCACUAUCAUCAAUAGUUCAAGUUUUGUGGCCAAACACCUCAGCAAUUCCAUAGACAACAAACUCUCAUCCUCCACUUGUAUCCUUCUUAACCGUUGUCAGGUUCAUGAUUUCCCGGAUAGGAGUUGGAAACAAGACGUUUUCUGGUCCAUGAUUAAUCUUUCCAUUGAUAGUGAUAAGAAUAACCUUCAUUACGAUGUUGAGGACCUAAAUAUACCAUUUCCAAUGGAAGAUCAAGACAAUGUAGAGCUUCACGGUUAUUGCAAUGGGAUUGUCUGUGUAAUAGUAGGGAAAAAUGUUCUUUUAUGCAAUCCUGCAACGGGAGAAUUCAGGCAACUUCCCGAUUCAUCCCUUCUUCUACCCCUUCCCAAGGGAAGAUUCGGAUUGGAAACCGUCUUUAAGGGAUUGGGAUUUGGCUAUGAUUGCAAAGCUAAAGAAUACAAGGUCGUGCGAAUUAUAGAAAAUUGUGAUUGUGAAUAUUCAGAAGGUGAAGAAUCAUAUUAUGAGCGUAUUCUUCUUCCUCACACGGCUGAGGUAUACACCAUGACUACUAACUCUUGGAAAGAGAUCAAGAUUGAUGUAACAAGUGAUACUGAUCCGUAUUGCAUUCCUUAUUCUUGUUCAGUGUACUUGAAGGGAUUUUGUUAUUGGUUUGCAAUGGAUAACGGGGAAUACAUAUUUUCAUUUGAUUUAGGUGAUGAGAUAUUUCAUAUAAUAGAAUUGCCUUCUAGGAGAGAAUUUGGUUUUAAGUUUUAUGGUAUUUUUUUGUAUAAUGAAUCCAUCACUUCUUAUUGCUCUCGUUACGAAGAGGAUUGUAAAUUAUUUGAAAUAUGGGUAAUGGACGACGAUGACGGAGUUAAGAGUUCAUGGACAAAAUUGCUAACCGUUGGACCCUUUAAAGACAUUGAUUAUCCAUUGACACUUGGGAAAUGUGACGAGGUUCUUAUGCUUGGCUCGUAUGGAAGAGCCGCCUUCUGUAAUUCUAGUAUCGGAAAUCUCAAGUAUCUUCAUAUUCCCCCUAUUAUCAAUUGGAUGAUAGAUUAUGUGAAAAGUAUUGUUCCAGUCAAGUAACUUGAGGGAAAAGUUCCCUUUUCUCCUAUUUAAUUUGUAUGCAUGAUAUAAAGCUUGAGUUUGCGUCUUCUAA